AUCAAUGCUCGGCAGGAGCCCAUUCAUGUCAACCCCGUUGGCUGGUCACGAUUUAUUGUGGUUGUUUCCUCCCUGGUGAACCAGUCACGUUGGAACAAGGGCAGUCUUGAAUGAUGCGAUCUUCUUGAUAGUAAAUUAGAUAAACUGCUGCUGCUUCUCUCUCUCUCUCUCUCUCUCUCUCUCUCGUGCAUGCAAUUCGCUUAAGCUAAAUUGAACAGCAACUUUGCUGUUCCUGGUGUGACUAAAUCCUGGGCUCAACUUCCUGUCCCAUCAUUGAACAGUCAACGUCUAACAGUGCUACACAAUAAUGGAAUCCCAAAGUUAGAGCACAAGUCAAGAAAUCCCGGUGGACACAACAACAUGAGCAAAUGCACGACAAGCUGAAACCCCACCGCUCUUUUUCCACUUUCCACUGAACAAGCUUAUGUUGACAACCUUGCAAGCAUAAUCAGGCACAGAACACACCCUUGCAGGCUGCAGCCACCCACACCCACUACAGAAAAAUGGAGAACUGGCUUUUGGCUUUUCUACUUCUGGCAGUGCCGAUUGAAGCAGCAUACGUCGGCGGUGGAGUCAGUGUCGGUAUGGGCGGCGGUAAUGCUGGUGUUGGAAGUGGGGGAGGAGGCGGAGGCGGAGGCGGAGGCGGAGGUGGAGGCGGAGCAGGCAGUGUAUGGAUUGGUGGAGGAGGGAUCAACUCCCCAGGUCCAUCAAGUUCAAGGCUGAGCGAUGCAUACACAGCUCUACAGGCAUGGAAAUCAGCGGUCACUGAUGAUCCAAACAAGAUUAUGGAGACUUGGGUUGGCUCUGAUGUGUGCUCGUACAAGGGGGUGUUCUGCUCAGAUUCUCAAGACGGAAUGGGUCGUUUUGUUGCAGGCAUAGAUCUCAACAGGGCAAAUGUGCAGGGAACUCUUGUCGAAGAGCUGUCUUUGCUCACUGACAUGACCCUCCUCCACCUCAACAGCAACAGAUUCUCAGGCUCGGUCCCUGACACUCUCAGAGAUCUAUCCUCUCUACAGGAGCUAGACCUCAGUAAUAAUCAGUUCUCGGGCCCUUUUCCUGCAGUUGCUCUUGAAAUACCAAAUCUCAUUUACUUAGACCUCAGAUUUAACAGCUUCUCCGGCCCAAUACCAGAAGACCUUUUCAACAGUAAACUUGAUGCAAUACUUGUCAACAACAACAACUUUGAAGGCGAGCUUCCUCGGAGCCUAGGCAACUCUCAAGCUUCAGUGAUCAACUUGGCCAAUAACAAGUUCAGCGGAAGCAUCCCGGCUAGUUUCGGUCUGAUGGCCUCCAAACUCAAGGAGAUCCUUUUUCUGAACAACCAGUUAUCAGGAUGCGUUCCUGAGGGAAUCGGGUUGUUCGCUGAGAUGAAAGUCUUCGAUGUGAGCUACAACACAUUGAUGGGUCAUUUGCCCGAUACGCUCUCUUGCUUGAGCCAGGUUGAAGUCCUGAACUUGGGGCACAACCGGCUGUCAGGGGAAUUACCCAACCCGAUCUGUUCGCUCAAAAGCCUCAUGAACUUGACAGUGGCCUACAAUUUCCUGUCUGGGUUAAGCCAGGAAUGCACGAAGCUGUUCUUUAGGAGCGUGGGCUUCGAUUUCUCAGUCAACUGUAUUCCUAAUAAGGAUAUGCAGAGGCCUCAACCAGAGUGUUCUUCCAUACCAGGAGGAGGGCUGAGUUGUCUAAGAGUACCUUCGCCCCGACCCCUUGUUUGUGGCGGGGGGGCUGUUCCCUCUGGGACAGCUUCAGAUCUGGCCUUCGAGUCACCAUGAGUUGAGAGUCACCCAAGUAUCAACAGGUUGGUUAUGGCUGUCUACAAUUAAUGAUGUCGUGGUUCAGGGCAUACUGUCAUAAUUUUCUGAUAUGCUAGUUUAAACUUUUCGUGGAAACUGUACUGGAUAAGAUAUGUCUUUAAAUUGACGGGGUUUUUGAGCCUGUAGGCUAUAUACGUGCAGGUUCACCACGUUAUAUGUUCAUUGACUGGGAAAGGCGGAUAUAAUAAUCACAACUUGCAAUUGUUCAAA